UCUCUCUUUCUCUUUCUCACACACACACACACACAGGGUUCUGGCUAAAUAAUAUAGUUACACACUUCUGGUUCUUAUGAAAGCACGAGAUCAGGAUUAACUAAUUUCUUACCAACAUGGCAACCCAGUUGGUCGACCUUCCUGUGGGAGGGGCUUUUUUGUGUUCUAAGCUGUGGAUUGGAUGACAUGCUUCAUCUCAGGACCAAUUAGAACGUUCAGAUGAAAGCGCGGGAGGAGAAAACUCAUGCGAGGGUUGCAUCUCAAAUCUGUCAGUUUUGUAAUCGUAGUGCGGAACAAAAAGUCAUUUAUUCGACAGCUGUGUAGUGCACUUAGUGAGGGGAUAAAGUGUUGGUUUAGGAUACUGCGCUUUGCUCGUAGACCGGGCCGGUAAACAGAGCGCUGAGAGGAGAAAGUGGAUCUCAGGAAACACCUCCGAUAUUCAUUAUAAUACACACACACACACACACACACAAAUAUAUAACUACAUAUAUUACUUUAAAUAUUUUUUUUAAACGUACAGAAUCUGACAAUAAUCACAUCCAGGAUGGAGGAUUGGAGUUUCUCACAGUCCACACAGAGAAGAAGCUUCACAUCGCUCAUGGCGAGUCGACUCGGAAGGAAGCGGAAAAUUCAGAGUCAGAGUGAACUUCAGAAAGCUUCCAUAAAUCUGAUAAACCGUAACCAGAACAUCUCAGCUCUCCUGCAGGAAACAGCUGCAGGAGUAGAAGGUCACACACACACCUGUGAGCUGAGAUCAGCUCUGACAGACGGCACUGAGCCACGUGAUGCAGAGAUCAGAGCUGGUGUCCUGGAGUGUGAGCUGCGCAGACAGGCGGAGGAGCUGUGUGUCCCUGUCUCUGUAUUGGCUGUCAGGAUGGUGAUUGACAGAAUCACAGCUCUGCAGGAAAACAGAGACUCUGCCAUGAUUGACUCCGCCCACAGGGCUAAGCUCAUCGUGUUAUUACAUGCUGCUCGAGAGCUGCUAAACGUGGGAGUGUUUAGCCCUAAAUUGUUUUGGCAGGAGUACUGGAAAAGCCAGCCUGUGUUGGAAGUGGUGUAUCGUUUGCACACUGAGGAGCUCCUUCCCCUGCAAUACACACUGACCAGUGAGGCCGGUGUGAGUGUGUGGCUGGUGUCUCAGUUACAGUCAUUGUGUGCAUGUGGAGUGACGGAGGAAGAAGGAGUUGUGCGUCAUCACAUCCUUUUCACUGUGGUGUGUGUGUUGGUCCGUGUUGGAUUUGAGGAGGUUCAGGACUCCAGUGUGUCUCACUCCUGCUGUUCAGUGCUGGACAGUAUGCUCUCCUGGCUUCUGGAUUCAAUAGAAAGCACACAUCCUACACACUCUAAAGAACCCACAGACCCCUCACACACCACAGACCCCUCACACACCACAGACCCCUCACUUUGUGUUCCAGCUGGGGUAGUUUGGCUCCGUGUGUUUGAGACGUCAGUGUUUGCUGUGUCGGUGUCGGAAGAUGCUGUGUGCCGAUUCUUCAAACACACGCUCACACACACACUCACACACCGGCCUCGUCUCAAAGUGUCUGAUGCCAUAGCAAUGCAGAGUCAGUGGAGUUUUGCUAAAACGUCUGGGUUGAUGACGUCACUGUUCUGUAAGGUGUGUGUGAUAUUCCGUAUGGAGGAGGUGUGUUCUCACCUGCAGCAGGUAUUAGAGACUCUGGAAGUGAACUGGCAGAAUGUUCUGUCUUGCAUUUCAACAUUGUUGGUGUAUCACACACACACUCAGGCCUGUCUCAAAGAGUUAUUGUCACGGUUGCUGAGCUCAGUGUUUCACUCGUACGACGUAGAGAAGAUGAUCACUGCCUUCCUGUUAGCUCGACAGGGGGCGCUAGAGGGUCCUGCCAUUUUUCCUUCCUACAGUGACUGGUUCAAGAUCUCCUUUGGUGGGUCGAGUGGUUACCAUGGAAACAGUAAGAAGUCAUUGGUAUUCCUGUUGAAGUUCCUAUCUGACCUCGUGCCCUUUGACCCCCCACAGUACCUGAAGGUCCAUCUCAUGCACCCACCGUAUGUCCCAGGGAAACACCGUUCCCUCCUACAGGAGUUUAUCUCUCUGUCCAGGACACGCCUUUCUGACCUCAAGGUUUCAGUUGAGCAGAUGGGCAUGUAUGAGGUGGUCUCCGGUGCAGCUGAGGCUCAGCCAGAGUGUGUUGCACAGCAGGAUGUGGAAAAAGCUGUAGCAUUGUUUCAAAGCACUGGGAGGAUCUCAGCCACUGUGAUGGAAGCAAGUAUAUUCAGACGGCCGUAUUUUCUGUCCCGAUUCCUUCCUGCUUUAUUGACACCACGUGUGCUUCCAGAGAAACCUGAUAAUCACAUGGUCUUUAUUGAGGCACUGAAGAAGGCAGAGAAGAUCCCAGCUGCUCUUUACUUCUCCUACACUGAGUCCUGUAUGAGACUGCAGCAGGGAGCAGGUGUGAGUGAGUCAGAGGAACAGGGUCCUCAGGUGGGUGUUCACACACAGCUAAUGCAACUGAAGAGGUUACUGUCUACUGGUGCUGCUGAAGGAGAGAUCCGAGCGCAGAUCUCUUUGCUGUCUCAGACGCUGAUUGGUGUGUGUGAUCACCUGGAAAAACAGAGCGAGUGUGAGAUCAGAACCCUGAUCCUGGAUCCACACACUACUUUACACACACCAAAAAUUGUAAAUGUGAUCCUGCAGGGUUUCUGUGAGUGUGUGCUGGCUGCGUGUAGAUUUGCUCCUCCAAACAAGCAGUGUCAGUGGGUUGAAGUGUUUCUGAAGAUGUUAAUAGGACACACACAGCUGUACACACACAUCCUACACAGAGUUCUGCAACUGCUGUACCUUCAGGGGCCAUCUCUCUCACCUGCCCAUGUCCUCUCUCUGGUGGUGUUGGUGGUGGAGCUGCAUGUGUGUAGAGAUCAGAUUCCUCCAGUGGACCUGUUUUACUCGACCUGUCUCACACACUCUACCCGUCUGUCUCCAUCUGAGGCCCUGAGUGAUGUGUUACCCGUAUCCACUGCAAGUGCCAUGGACUUCUCCCUUAGGUUCUGUGUGUUAGCAGUGUGUUACGCUCUGUGUAAAUCUUCUUCACACACUGAGGAACUCUCACACUUCAUCCCCUCUCGUCUCUAUAAACGGCUGCUGUUUCUCAUGCCGAGGCUCAUGCCGGAGCUGCGUUCAGGUGUGUUAGCAGCAGUGAGACAGGCUGAUGAUGAUGAUGAUAAGGGUGCUGAUGAAGAUGAGUGUGAAGGUGCCUGGGCGAGUGUGAGUGACUGCAGUAGGAGUGUGAGGAGCUCUGUUAAAUCACUCUGGGGGCACACCACUGUCAGGAAUCUGCAGAAACACCUGGAACACCAGUUGUCGUUCUCUGAGUGGCUGAUGUUUGAGCUGCGAGUGCAGCGCAGUAAAGAUGCUCUGUCUGAUACAGAGAGGAGUGUGUGUGAGCAGUGGGCCUGUCAGCAGUGGUUCCUCCCGCUGUGUGAGCGUGCAGGAGGGUGUGAGGGAAACACAGUGACCGCGUGUACACACAUCAUCAACACCGUGCUUGACACAUGGUCAGAAACACACACGCACAGUCUGUCUCCUGUGCUGUGUUCUUCAGCUUCGCCCCACACAGACUCCUGUUGUGUAGACAUCCUGGCCAGACUUCAGGAACUACUUUGGGAGCUGCAGUUCACACGCAGGAGAAGAAUAAGAGAGGAGAAUCUCUUCCUCUGGGAUCUGAUCAAUCGAAGGUGCUCAAUGACCUCUGACUCCAAGAACAUCAGCUCUGAGCUGGAGCUCCAGAGAACACUGCAUGCCUGCAACAGUGUGAUCCUUGCCAUUCCAUCUCCGCUCCUGGUGUGCGUGUGUGUUGCUGGAGCUAGAAGCAUGCUGGACAGCACAGGACUCAUGGAUCACAUAAAUAAUCAUCAGAGGAGGGUGUGUUCUCCCCCAGGGGUUCUCUCCUGCUCCUUGACGACCCACUUUCUCUCAGCGGUGCUCAGUGCAAGUGUGUGUUGUGAGUCUCCUGUUGAAGCUGUUAAUGCGACUCUGUCUCAGUACAGUGUGCACUGUCCCCUUCUACUGCUGUCUGCUGUGCGGUGGUGGGUGUAUGUCUCUCCAGUAUUGUGUUCAUUGUGGGUGCGUGUGAAUGGGGGGCAGCAGCCAGAAAUGCUACAGCUGCUUACAGACUGCACUCACUGGGCCAGCAGGUGGGUUAGAGGGCUCCCAGGUGAUGUACCCUUGGCUCCUGCACUGGUGUUAGCGGUGUGUGUGCACAGUGCGGUUGAACAGCAGGGUGGCGACACUGAGCAUGUUAAAGCUCAAUUUACACUAAUACAGCAACACAGAGAGGUGCUGGUUUUUCUGCUAUUUUUCUACAUAACAGACCUCCUCUCUAAACACCUUUCACCACAGGGAGAUCGGAGUGUGAGCCGUGCUAAAAUCCUGAGUGUUCAGCUCAUUACCCUGCUGGCGGACUCUUCUGAUUGGCUGUCCCUGUUCCACCAAUCAGGUUGCAGUAUGGAGCAUGGCUCAGGAGAGUCUAGUGCCUACAACAGUGUCGUCUCCAUGGUAACCACAGACCUGUGUGUGCGGCUGAUGCCAUUUGCGUUGUUCAGUGUGUUAGUGGAUGUUGAUGCGAGUGUGUUGAGUAGAGUGAUGGUGACCCCAGGGUUCCUCCUCCAUGCUGCGAUGUCAUACAGCGCACUGAUGAAGCUCUUCCUAUUUGGACACAGUGCAGAUGUCAUGACUGGCACACUGCAGCAGAUCCUGUCUGGAGCGCAGCACAUUGUUCUGAAGAGCAUCUCUUUAACUCGCCCAGGCUCCAUCACACACACACAAAUAAAACAGGUGGAGGCGGAGUGUAUGGAGCUUGACCCCGAGGUGGCAGCUGCUCUCUCAGCUCUGAUGAACACCAAGGACCUCUCGUGAUGAGAGCACUGUGUCUGGACUCACUGCAGGAGGAUUCUGGGUAAUUUAUAGAGAUGUGAUUUGAAUAGGGCACACAAAGGCAUUGCACACGGGCGCAACAGGAAACAGGAAGUAAACGGACUGGACUGUGUUCUGUACCAUGAUGAAAUGCAAUAAAACAGUGAUAAAGGUCA